GACGGUACUGUAUCCCGUUUCGCGCAUUAAUUCGUUAUUGUCACGCUCGCGCGCGUUGCGGUCAAAGUAACACAGAAGUCCUCGCGCGUCUCUCCUACGCGUUAACCUUCCGAGUUCCGCGACCGGCCUCUCUCGGAAUAAUCCUUACCAUUAAUUAGUGUCAACGGCGACGGAGCUCCGUCCGCGAUCAUCUGUGUGUGCAUAAUGUGUUGUCAGUGCGCGGGAUAAUGUGACGCCGUGCGCCACGUUUUCGAACGACGCGGGCCGAAACGCGCGCUCGUCGGAAGGUCCGGAGGUUUUCGGGAGUGCCGAUUAGUGCGAGAGCGAGAGGCGAGGUCUCGUAUAUAGUAAAACCGCGAUAGUGUCGCAGCGGCCGUGCGUGCGGCGUCCUUUGUGGUCGGGGCGACACGGGGAGAGCAACAAGAGUAGAGUUUACGGGACGAGAGAGGAGGGCGAACGGAAGGUGCCCGUGAGAGUAGUACGGCGUGAAGUUGCCGCCGCUACGAUUAACGGAUACGAGCGACGAGCAGCCGCCGCGCCGGACGGCGACGGGGAGGAUUAAACGACAUAGUGCUAUUUGCGAUCCAGAGCAUUUAUAUUAGCCUGGAAGCAUUAAUCAUUUCAACAUCUCGCCGUCAUAUUGCUGCAAGCUGCGAAGUUUCCGAUAGUUUUCUGUCCAAUUCCAGGCGGAUACAGAAAGUGAUUAUGCAUUGGACCAUGUUUGAACGAAGCUGCGAACAGAAUGCCGACCGCUGAGAGACAUGAUCACACCGUCCAUGUAGCCCAGGAGAAGUUAUCCCAGUUCGACACGUAGGAUUCCUCGAGAUGAUACCGAGAACGGCGAGCCGGUGGCUGCUUUGUGUGGCGCUUACGGUUGCCCUGUGUCAAGGCCAGGAGGACUGGAUGCAGUGCUCGUCGACGUGCAAGUGCAAAUGGGUGUCCGGUAAGAAGACCGCCGAGUGCAUUAAGCAGAACCUCACGCAGGUGCCGGGAGACCUCUCGCCCGAGAUCCAGAGUCUCGACUUGACCGGCAAUCGCAUAACUCAUCUCGUACGCGAUGCGUUCAGUCGCGUCAAUCUGGUUAAUCUGCAUAAGCUGUCGUUACGCAGUUGCGGCAUCGAGUCGAUUAACAGGGACGCUUUCAGCGACUUGAAAAUCAUCAUCGAGAUCGAUCUGUCGGGCAAUAAUAUCCGCAAUCUGCAUCCAAGUAUCUUUUACGAAACCCAAAAGUUGCGAGUGCUGCUACUCGAUCAGAACAAUUUGAAAACCCUGGAUAACGGUCUGUUCUUCAAUCUCACCUUCCUGCAGAAAGUCACGUUGUCAGACAAUAAAUUGGAACACAUCGAGGAGCAGGCGUUUCGCAAUUUGCCAAACUUGCAUUCCCUCGCGUUGGAUGGGAAUAAUUUCAGCACCCUGCAACUGCAAAGCUUUGAGAGUCUGCCCAAGCUCGGCAGUCUCGAGCUCCAGAAUAAUCCAUGGAACUGCAACUGCCACCUCAAAAAGUUCCGCGAUUGGGCGAUCCAGCGCAAGUUAUACACACAGCCAACCGCUUGCCAGCAACCGCCCCACAUGAUUGGCAAGAUGUGGGACGAAGUUAGUAGUGACGAUUUCGCGUGCAGACCGAAGAUCACCAGUAUCGAGCCGUCGUAUAAAAUCGAGGCAGCCAAAGGAGAUGUGACAAUAUCGUGCAGGGCAAUGGGAAUUCCACGUCCUGAGUUAUCAUGGACGUAUCGUAAUCGCCUUGUAACCAACAGCAGCAAACACGCGAACGAUAAAGAAUACUUACUGUUGAUGAAUCAUGAUUGGUUAAAUCUCACUAUCAUCGAUGCGCAGCCUGCCGACAAAGGUGACUACAUUUGCCGCGCGAAGAGUCCGGGCGGCGAAGCGGAGAAAAACGUGACUUUGUCCAUAAUAGGCGAUGCUCUAGGCGGCAGAGAGAACUUCAUCAGCCUGCCUCUCGCUAUCGGACUAGGUGUCACCGCGUUAUGUCUGUUGAUCGUCACAGUAGUGCUCUGCGUGUGCUACUGUCGUCGUCGCCACACCAGGCAUGACGAGAAAGGCCUCGAAGCGGCGUCCCUGGAGCACCACGGUCUCGGUGAACAGGAGAAAUCCCUGAUUACGACCAUUAACCCGGUCGUGAAGCCCCCGAGGCGCUACGAGGCGCCAUCGGUGACAUCGCAUAGUACGGAGAUGACGGAGCUGAACCGCACGUUGCUCGACAACGACUCGGUUUUCGCUGACGGUGUCGGGAGCGGUGUCGUCGGCGGGGGGGGGGUAUUGACGAGUAAUCCGUUGGACAGAGUGGCGCCGGAAGGUGCAGCCGAAUGGCCGCUCAAGUUGACGGACGAAAGCAUGGAUGGCGGCCAUCUGUUACUCACGCAACAGCAACAGCAGCAACAGGCAGCCGCCAGCAACACUCUCGGCAGAAAGGUGCCGCCGAGACCGCCGCCAAAACCCAAGAAGAAAUCCGCCAAUGGACCGACGUUGUACGAGGAUGAGGGUGAGGAUGGCACGGAAGUAUGAUAUCAUGGGCAUCGUCCGCGAUGAGAGCGACUGGUCGUAGUACGCCACGAUGGGGCGUGCGUGACCACACUUACAAUAAACCGGUAGUGCCUUUCGAGACGCGUGUCUCGCACGUGCGAGACUUCCACUCCGUUCAGCGAGUUGCAGUCUGGAGAAUGAACAAAACGAGGAGACUCUUCUGGGAGACUUUAGGAUCUACGGAUGGACACGGGUGGUUCGCCGAAAUCGCUGACGAUGUUUUAGAGGAGGACACGCCGGUCGAACAUUCGUGUCACCUAUAUUCCCCUUCCUCAACUUUCCUUUCCUGUAAGUUAUCUCGUAAGUUAUUUAUUGAACGUUACGGAGCAUCCGGAGUAUCAGCAAACCGUGAUCUACAUGAAUUAUUUACCAAACGAUCCGAUCGUUCAAUGGAUCCUUUCUUGUCCCUCGUCUCCUCCUAUGUAUCUUUUUCUCUUUUUUCCCCCCCUUUUUUUAAUCAGGUUCCUUUAGCGUUUUAUUUGACGCUCGCCACGCGCCGUGAGGUGAUAACGUGAUGAUGUGAAUAAGGUUGCGGACAUUGCUACCGGUAUUAGUUGAUAAGGCGAAACCUAUUCGCGUUUUGUGUGAAAUUUACGUGGAGCACGAAGCAACUGAAAGUGCUGAACGCGAGUCAUUCCGCGAAGAGCAAUACCAGUGAAUUCGUCUUCUAUUCGUGUUACCCCGCAGUGGGAAAUCGCGAUCGUAACGGCGCGAUUCGCGUGUAUAGACGAAGGUGUUAAGGUUCAGGCAAGGCAACGUUUUGCACAUGUUACAUUUAUGCGGUAAACAUGAUGAGAAUUUAACAUUGUUAAGAAUUUAUCUAGCUGUUAUACGCCUAUCGCGUUUUCUUUUUUGACAUUGAAAUUCUGACGUUGUAUCGAAACGUAGCAAGACUCGUUGCAUUCGCAAGCAACACGAACUCUCGUGCUAAGCUUACGCCGAAAAUGGCGUAAUGAUCUGUGUCCCUUCCCCUUCUGUAAGCGCAUCGUUAGAUCGUGUUCGUACCCGUAGAGGUAUCCCGUAUUCUCGUCUCAGCGAUGUUUGCAUCUUAAAUCAUCGACAGAUAUAUCGCGUAUGAUCGCUGCAAUCAUUGUAGCGGCAAAUUGAUUAUCAGUAUCUCGCAAAUAUCGUUGAUGUCAGUCCCUUAUAGCACGGGAUAGCAUGUACCUCUUUCCCUAAG